AUGGGGGAACUGGUUGAUGAAUUUGUGGAAGGAAUUCGUUUGCCUCUAACCUCAGGAGGUGAUGGCAACUUCUUAGUCACUGUCGGUUUUGGCACCCCUAAACGUGAUUUUACCUUGCUUUUUGAUACCGGAAGCGGUACCACUUGGACUCAAUGCGAGCCUUGUUCUGCGGGUUGCAAUCAACAGAUCCCCAUUUUUGAUCCCUCCACAUCUUCUUCUUUUUCAAAUGCCACUUGCGAUCCUACUUGUGACUACCCUAUCAAGUAUCAUGAUGGGACAUAUUCCAGUGGGUAUUAUGUUAAAGAUACCCUUACCAUAGCAUCUGAUCUACAUCCUAACUUCGUCUUUGGUUGUGCCCAGAAAAUUGAUGGAAAUUUUGGUGGAGCAGCUGGGAUACUAGGCGUUCGUCCUGGAAAAUAUUCUUUGAUGGCUCAAACUAACUCGGAUUAUUCUAGCUUGUUUUGUUACUGUCUUCCAGCCGCAGAGAAGUCUGCUGGGUAUGUUGUGCUUGGUCUCAAAGCAUUCGCAACUUGUCUACCUGAUAAAGACAAGAUGAUACCAAUCUCACUUGGUUCAAACCAAGAUGCAGAUAGUUAUUUUGUGACCCUUACAGGCAUAACAAUUGGCCAACAAAGAUUAGACAUAUCUGGCAAUGUAUCUUCACCACUAAAAGCCAUUAUAGACUCGGGAACCUCCAUCUCUCGCCUACCAUUUUCCUUGUAUUCUGAUCUUCGCCAAGCAUUUCAGGGAUUGAUGUCCCAAUACACUACUGCUCCUCCAUCAGCAAAAUUCGAUACUUGCUAUAACCUUGAGGGGCAAAACAAUUGGACACCACCAAAAAUGGUGCUAUAUUUUGAAGGUGUGGAUCUAGAUUUGAUCCCAUCAGCAGUUACAUUCAGAGAGAAGGAUAAUUUGCUCAGGUGUGCUAGGCUUUUAUAG